AGCGGACCCGCGGCCGGCUCGGGCGCGGAGCAGCCCAGCCCAGUGCGGGCAGAGACCAGCCGGCCGGAGGCAGUGGCGGCGGUGGUUCCCAGUCCGGCCGGUGCCGGGCCUCCGACCGAGCCGCGGCCGAGCGGGGCCUCGGUCCGGGCGCUGGGGUGACCCGCAGAGGCGGACAUCUGGAGGAAGCGGCGGCAGCGCGUGCCGAGCGGGGCGCGCCAUGUCGGGAGGGCCCCCCAAGGCCCUGCCGUCCACGGGGCCCCACUCCCUGCUUGACAUGCCGCACCCGCUGGCGGGCUCCAGCAGCGAGGAGGCCGUGGGCGGCGACAGCACUCCGAGCCCGGACCUGCUGAUGGCCCGCAGCUUCGGCGACAAGGAUCUCAUUUUGCCCAAUGGUGGUACUCCGGCAGGUACUUCGAGUCCAGCUUCUUCAUCCUCCCUGCUCAACAGACUUCAGCUUGACGAUGACAUUGACGGUGAGACCAGAGAUCUCUUUGUCACAGUCGAUGACCCCAAGAAGCAUGUGUGUGCGAUGGAGACCUAUAUUACGUAUAGGAUCACCACCAAAAGUACUCGGGUGGAGUUUGACCUGCCAGAAUAUUCUGUCCGUCGAAGAUACCAGGAUUUUGACUGGUUGAGGAACAAACUGGAAGAAUCCCAGCCCACUCAUCUUAUUCCCCCGCUUCCUGAGAAGUUCGUGGUGAAAGGUGUUGUGGAUCGUUUUUCAGAAGAGUUUGUGGAGACCAGAAGAAAAGCUCUGGAUAAAUUCCUGAAAAGAAUUACAGAUCAUCCUGUGCUCUCUUUCAAUGAACACUUCAGUAUUUUUCUCACUGCUAAGGACCUGAACGCCUACAAGAAGCAAGGGAUCACGUUGCUGACUAGGGUGGGCGAGUCGGUCAAGCAUGUCACCGGAGGCUACAAGCUGAGGAGUCGACCUCUGGAGUUCGCAGCCAUUGGUGACUACUUGGAUACAUUUGCUCUCAAACUUGGAACCAUUGAUCGAAUAGCCCAGCGGAUCAUCAAAGAAGAAAUAGAGUACCUUGUAGAGCUGAGAGAAUAUGGGCCAGUGUACUCCACAUGGAGUGCCUUGGAGGGGGAGCUGGCUGAACCCCUGGAGGGUGUGUCAGCUUGCAUUGGCAACUGCUCUACAGCCUUGGAAGAACUGACGGAUGACAUGACAGAAGACUUUCUACCUGUGCUCAGGGAAUAUAUUUUAUACUCUGACUCCAUGAAGAGCGUACUGAAGAAGAGGGACCAAGUGCAAGCCGAGUACGAAGCCAAGCUGGAAGCUGUGGCUCUGAGAAAGGAAGACCGCCCCAAGGUGCCAGCAGACGUUGAGAAGUGUCAGGAUCGGAUGGAGUGUUUCAAUGCUGAUCUGAAAGCUGACAUGGAGAGGUGGCAGGACAACAAGAGGCAGGACUUCCGGCAGCUGCUCAUGGGAAUGGCUGACAAGAACAUCCAGUAUUAUGAGAAGUGCCUCAUGGCGUGGGAGUCGAUUAUUCCGCUCCUGCAGGAGAAACAAGAAGCCAAGUGAGUUCCUUCCUGGGACAGAGACUUCUACCUGCACAGGGCCUGGCACCCGAUUCCAGAAUGUUCCUGCAGGGCCAGAGAAGCAGCACUGAGAAAACGACCACAGAAACGUCUCUCCUUCAUGUAUUUCUUUCCCUUCCCCUCCUCCCUUUGUCCGAUAGUUGUUUUCGGUUAGUAUUUAUUCCUUGGUGGAGUCUGUAAAGCCGUAAUCAUCUCAGUGAAAGAAGCUGACCUCCAUGUGGGGAGGGACUGGUUAAAUGGAGCACCACGAAGCUUUGAAACUGAGGGACAAGACGCCUCUCAGCUGACGUUCCGACAUCUCAUUACAGUUUUGGGUUUGGAGACAUGGAGUUGCCAGUUGUGGAAGAGAACCCAGGUCCCGCUUUUCAAAGACAUGAGGGAGACAUGAACAGAAGGCAGCGCUUGCCUUCCGUGGAUGCGUGGGGGCUCUGCAGCUGGCCUCCAUGGGCCCUGACCUGGCUCAGUCUAGAAGGAGGAGUUGGCACCUCCAUGGAAAGUCUUUAAUGUACAGAGGCCUGUAGCUGUGACUGGCCUGCUGCCUGCAUGUGAUGAGUGACAUCUGUUUUAUGGUUUUGGUUCAUAUAGGACCAAUGAGGUCAGUGUCUGUAUGUAUCAGUGCUAGAGUGAGCUAGCCAGCAUCCUGUCCUUAUGCGAUGCCUUGAGCAGCUGAGGGGGCAUUGCUCUCCCAGCUGGUUUCUGACACUAGAAUGCAGUAGAUUGGAAACUGUUUUUGUGUAAAAUGAAAACAGGUGAGUUUUUCUCUGUGCGGUUCUUCAGUGUUUUUCUUUUGCUUGUUAAAUGUCGUCAGACUAGAGAUUAAGCUUGUUUGGGAAUAUCUAUUGUCUUGAAGUCAGAGUAGCUCCCUAGUUGGUGAGAUCAGUGGGCAUAUGCCAGGCCCCACCAACCAUGUCUGCUUUGUGCCGGUUGCCUUUACCUCACCAAAAAUUCCUAGUUUAAUAUUUCCCACUAUGUCCACUGAGUGUUUAGGCAAUGUUUUGGUGAGAACCUGGUGUAUUGUUAUGACACAGUUGAGAUUGUGUAAACUCACUGUGAAUGUUCUACAUGAAGUGCUUUAACCCUUAAUAUGGUCAGGAAGAAAAGUGAGUAUCUGGACAGGCCUCAAAAAUGACAAACGUAAUACCAAACUCUACACUUCUUGUUCAGCUAAAAUCUCAAUUUGCAGCCAGAUUUCUGGGGACUGCUGGGUGCAUCGAAGUCUUCAUUUCCAACAAUUACCAGGUAUACUUUUCAAACCAACAGACUAAAAGGAUCUAUCUUCCAACUCAAAUUUUAUUUUUUCUCCUGAAAUGAAGCUACAUAGGUCAUGUUUGUGUUCUUUCGUCUGUGGCUCAUUGAAACCUGAGCCUCAAAUAAGUGGUAUUAUUAUUAUUAUUAUUUAAUGAAACCUGUGCUGGGACAUGGCUGCACAUGGAAGUUAACCUGUACAUACUGGGCAACAUGCCACCUGUUGAAGUCACUUCAUUCCUCUUCUGACUGCAGGGUUGACCUUGGCUCAGCCAUGGCUUUGAUGCUGGUGUUGGGGAGGCAGCAGUUGGACAGCACAGAACAGUUUGGUUGUGUGUCGUCAUAUUUGAAAAAGUUGAAGUUUAAAUUAUAAUUUUUAUAUCAGUUGGUACUUACCUGCACUGUAAGACCCCUUUCAUGCCAUUCUAAAAUCCUUUGAUGUGAAUUUUGUUUGGUACAAUUAGAAAUGAUUGAUUGCAGCAGAAGGAUAUGAACAGUCCAUCCAGCCCAAGUGGUGAUUCAGUGUUUCAUUCUACCUCUAAACCAUCAUGUGGCGUGGGUAUGGAUGUCUGGGUCCAAUUGACAGCUUGCUGGUAGAACAGGGUGUGUAUCUAGUAACGGGUUGGUGGCCUUCUAUUAAUAUUUGGAGGAAGACACCAGACCGACUGAGCAGUGAACGCUCAUCUUUGGAAAUGAACACGUUCCAUCUUGCCUUGUGGGAAUGUGUGCUUUAAAAAUGUCCAGGGUGACGAAUGCUUGGGAAGAAUUAUGGAAACAGUUACCAGAAGACUGGAAUUAGUCUGCUUCUAGUAGCCAAAGCCCAGGGACAUUUCUGUGUGUAAGGGUCAGUUGGGAAAGAAGGGGCCCUUCAAAAAUACCAGCUUCCCAUCUGGGACAUAUGGGGAAGGGGUGGGUGCCCAGUCAUUCCCUUACAUUACUGGAAGCAGAGAACUGGCUGUGAAGGGAUUUGGGCAUCCUGGGAUAUGUCUUUUUCUAUUUGUUUGGCUCCCAGGUGAUGUUCUAGAGAGAGCUGGAACAAGGCCACUGUCCUCCAGCAUGCCAUUGAUAGCAGAGCUGGGCAAACCAGUGUGUGUUGCAGACUUCCUUGGAGAAAUGGUCUUUCUGGAGAAGGAGCCUGUGACCCUUCAGGCUGGCCUCUGAUGAGGAGGGGGCAAGGACAGUAGGCAGUGAAGGAGACACGUCCUUGUCCACCCCUGGCUCCACCAGGCCCCUGAGGGGCAGCACCCUCAAGCACUCACGUCAUCUCCAGCGCGAAGGUGUCUCCCUGUGAGCAGUGCCAAAGACCACCUUGUCGAGGCUUUACCACCCCAUCCUUCUUGGCUCCAGAAAGUUAUGGUGCUGAGAUCCCCAACUCCUAUCUUGUAUUUAUUUUCCAGGAGGUUUGUACUUAAGAAUGCACCUUACCUCGGGCAGACGGAUGUGGACAGGUUUUGAGGCUUGAUCACAGGGCAGUGGAAUAGACCAUUAUUCUUGUCAACUGCCCCUGGGCCUGGCAAGUGAAAGGUCUCAUCCCCCCAGGUUAGAAAUCCAGGCUAAGGAAUUCUAAGAGAAUUCCUAGAGACUGAAUAGAUGUCAGAGAUGCAGAUGUUGAAGAAAGCGGCUGUGGUUUGCAGCUGCUGUGGAUCUGCUCUUCCUUACCUGGGGGAUCGCCAGCAAGGGUCUAGGCUCUUCUGCUCAGUAAGGAGGGAACAUCCUACACGGCGAGGUUUGGAGUUGGCUUUUAUCCCCUAGUAAGACUUGAUGAUUCCUGAUGAACUCAGGUAAGUGCAAUUGUGGAGUUAAUUGGCUCGUAUCUCCCUGUGCUGCUCCUGGACUCACCAGACCCCUUUUUUGACCUGAAAUAACAAAACCAGCAUGACUCUGGGGACUGUAGUGAAUGUAACGUAAGUUUGUCUUCAUGCCAAAUUCCAGCCACACCCGGAGCAUGUCCUGCUUGUUGAAUUGAAUAUAUUUUUUCACUCGCCAUCCGCACGAGGGCAUUAAAUGCACACCUGCUGCUCAGUGCUUAUGAAGCUGCCUUUUGUGAUGCAACAACAGGAGUUCUGCUUGAGAGGAGGGUGUGAAGGCCAUGUGGAGUUUGUCUCCCGGGCUGGUAUCGGCCCAGGAAACGCCCAGAGUGUGUGUGACUCGGCCCCGCCAUUGAUGGCAUUGAAAUCGCACGUACCUGGCUUUCAGGUAGUCAUCUCUACUCUGUCUGUCCUGAGGGAGGAGGAGGAGCAGGGUGCAGAGCCACCUGCCAGGUCUGUGUUGGCUUUAUCUGCUUGGGUCUUGGGAUGGGUUAGAAUUGGGCUCUCCCCUGGCUGCCCUAGCGGGCACUUCCGCCCAAGACAGGCUGCCUGUGGUCAACGCAGGGCACGCCCAUUCCGGGCCCCACCUUCCCAGACGCCUCCUUUCAAGGCCUUUGGAAACUGGGGGAUCUAAUCAUAAGGCUGUAGUAACACCGCUUUGCUCUCAUCCCCAUGUCCAAAAUAUUUUAGGAAUUUGGGUUUGUCUUCUCACUUCAAAAGUCCUCAAGACAGCAGCAGAUUGGAUACGCCCUCUCACUUCUUAUGUUGUCUCUAUUCAGAUGGCAGGUGGCAUUUAUCAGUAAAUUUGUAAAUUUGAGGAAAAAAGCAUCUGCAGGGCCAGGCUUGCAGAUCAAGUUGGAUGUGUCGGCGUUCUCUUCCUCAUGAUUUUUUAAUACAGUAAAUAAACCAGGAAACUGAUGUUGCAUCAACUUAC